AUGUCAGAUAACUCCCGAUGUUUCUGUGCAGGACAGGGGGAGGCGGACCUUAACCAGAACAAUGGGUGCUCCAGCAAGAGUCCAGUGGUGACUGACUCCAUGAACGCUGCAGUAGAUCUCAGCAGCUGGAACCAUCCGAACACAGCCGACCCUAAUGCCUCAGGGCCCCGCCCACACUUGGUCCGCCUCUUUUCUCGAGAUGCCCCAGGUCGCGAGGACAACACCUUCAAAGACCGCCCCUCGGAGUCUGACGAGCUGCAGACCAUCCAGGAGCACAGCGGAGCUGACUCAGAGUGCGGUUCCGAGUGUGCAGAGGAGGACCUAAAUUAGAUUUCCUCUUUGCCUACUCUUU